AUGAUAGUCGCGGACGCUUUGACAACUGGAAUCCUCGCCGCAGCGACAACCGCAACCACCGAGAAGGGUGGGACAGGCGUCGCGACAGCCGUGACAAUUUCAGAGGAAAGCGACCUCGUGACAACGACCACAAGACUAAAGAGGGGACAUCGUUUUGGUGCGACAUUUUCCCCUCCCGCUUUGGUCCUGCCUCCUGCGAAUCGUCCCGCGCGGCUCUCCGCUCAAUACCCGCGCCCCCCGCUCUCCUUCCAUCCUCUCCCCGUCUCCUUCCAUCCUCUCCCCGUGUUCGCACCCCGACCCAGGCCACCUUCCAUCCUCGCGCCCCCUCGCCCGCCUCCUCCUCCACGCACAUCGCCGGAUCCGCGCGCGACGAAUCCUCCACGCAGACCUCGCCCGCCUCCUCCUCGACGCCCCCUUGCCCGCCUCCUCCUCCACGGAUCCGCGCCGGACGAAUCCUCCACGCAGACCUCGCCCGCCUUCUCCUCGACGCCCCCUCGCCAGGCUCCUCCUCCACGCAGAUCGCCGCGACCCAGGCCAGGACGCGCGGAUCCACACCAGGUCGCGCGGAUCCGGCGACCCGCCGCGCUCCACGUCCGGCUUCCUGGGCAGCGCCGGCUCCUCGGCGCAGAGGCCCACGGCGACGCCAGCGGCGGCACCGAAGCCAACUGCGACGCUAACGGAGCCAAGGUGCUGAUCAAGUCGCCGGCCCUGAUGCUGGUUUCCCCUAAAGUCUGUCAACGAGUCGCUAAGCUGCACAGGUGGACGGGGAGGUUCGAGGCGCAUCUCUGGGACAAGCACUGCCUCGCCGCGCUCCACAACAAGAAGAAAGGCAGGCAAGAUAAAACCUCUUGUAAGUCCAACAAGAACUAUAAUCAGUUUCAGAGGCCUGCAGUAUACAUCGCAUGACUGUCUCAUAGAGUAUGGAUACAUUAUCUGUUUGCGCCAUGAUAUAUAUAUUUCCUGUCCACACACUCUGAUCCUAAAAAAUUUAAUUAUUGUGUAUUUGGAAAUUGUUCCUUUCAGACAGUUGAGAAGUGUGUAUCUGUUUCUAAAUAUUUAUAUGAUUAAAUGUGUGUAAUGGAAUUGUUCUUACAAAGCUGACAGGAGGGUCUGGACUGCAUAUUCCAUUUACUUUCUUUUUUGACUGAAUGGCCAGUUUGGCUUUUAUGUGACAUUCUCUCUUGUUUGCUUUAGAAACAUUUUUUUGUAACAAACUAUGAUAGUUGAAAUUCGUA